UCCUCUCAGUUCUUUGUAAUUUAAAAGGAAGUAAAAACGAAAGCAUUUAAAUUGUUUUCUUAACAAAGGAAUAUAUUUUAAUUGUAGAAUGUAAUCUAAAGCAAGGCAAAUGAACAUCGUGGACGAAAAUGGCAAACUUCAAGAAGACGAAAAUUCUCUGUGGUUGCCAUUUGAACAUUACGAAGACCARAAUGACACCAAAAACUUUCACUGCACAUCAAUAAUAUGGAAACAUGAUUAUGCAACAUAUACAGAGUUGAUAUCACAUUCUUUUCCUUGGCCAAAACCAGACAGCAAGGAAGUUGGCCAUAAUCAUAGUGAAUUCAGUGACAAAUCUUCUACAUGCAAGUGUGCAGCUAAAGAAUUAUGUUAUGAACAGUGUAUUAGUUAUUCAAAGUUCUUUAUAGACCAACGGUCUAAAGAAUACUGGGACAAACUAUUACAAAGCUCAAGGAAAAAGAAAAAAGUUUUGAAUAAACAAAAAUCUAUUUGGAAUCAAAGUUAUGUGAAUGUUUUACCACUGAACAAACUUUGUAUUAACAGACAAGAAGCUCCAAAUGAUGACAUUAAGGAAUCAACAUUAAAUGAUGGGAGUUCUUUUUCAAAAAACGAAGUCAAAUGUAACUUUGUUUUAACCUCGGAUGAAUCAGAGAGUGAGGAUUCCGGYGAUGUAGUGGAUGAAAGUGAUCCAAUGUAUAGUAGAUUUGCAGUGAUAAGGAAUUCGUUUCAUACGUCAGAGGAUGGCAUAGUCUUUUACUGUCAAAAAGAGCUUGACAUAUAUAAAGCAAAGAUGGCCGAGAUGGAGGAUUUGCUUGAAAGGGAAUUAAAGCAGAUUAAAUACCAGCAUGACCAACUGAGGGCUAAAAGAGCUGAACAAAGAAAGCUUUUAUCGGGUGGAGCAGACAGCAGCAAUGACCAUGACUCACAUGAAGAGGAACCGACAGAAAAGGAUGCUUUAAAUUCUGACAAUAGCAGACAAGGCACAGCCUUAAAACAAGAAAGAAAAUCAGCCAUCUUUUCCUCGAUUCAUGACGUGUUCAGUUAUGCAAGAACAGGAAUACAAGGAAUGUUUGUAAAGACCUCUCCAAAUAGUGCCAGAAAAGUAAAAACAAACGAUGCUAGUGACAGUGAAGGAAGUGAUGAUGAAGAAGAUACAAAGAUUAAUGACUCUACUUCAUCAAUCAAGCAUUCGGCACCUCUAUUAGAUAAUCAUGAUGAAUUCACAAGGCAGAUGACUUCUGAGGGAGGACUAAAAUAUGAAAGCUCUGACAAAUCAGUACAGCAGCUCUCAUACCAGAAUCUCCCACCACCUUUAUCUCUUAAUUCUUUACAAGAUAAAAGAAGUAAAAGUUGAUUUAAAUGAGAGUUAAUCAAGCUGUUGGCCAGCUAUCGUUUAUGUAUUCUGCUAGUAGAAUCCUAUAGCCAACUUUCGAUAUUCUGGUUGAGUGGUGAAGCACAAUUUAACAUUUCAAAUCGAGGCUUUGGGGAAACAAUAAUGUAAUGGUAACAAUUCCUUUAUUUUGUGCUUGAUCACUGAAACAAAAUUAAAUAUUGAAAAUUGGCUAUUCCUUCUUUGUUUUAGAAAGAGAAAGAUGUUUCUGCAAAAUUAGGCCCUAGUGAUAUUUUAGGCAUGUGCCCAUGUUUCCCUAGGCUCCUACGCAGCCGCUAUUAGUGUCGUCACGCAACUAAUAGCGGCUGUGUAGGAGACUAAUAUUUCCCCUUUCUUUAAAUGAAUACAAAAUUAGACUCUAUUAGAAACAUAGAGUUUUUAAUUUAUACCUAUCUUGAAAACAUAUUUUUAAAAUCAUAUUCAUUGUUUUAAAAGAUUUGACCAAUUAUUUUCAGUUUUAAAUCAUCUUAAAAUAUACUAGUCAAAUUUAGCAAAGCUACAGUACUGCAAGAUGAUGAUACAAUAUGUUUUAAGAUUUAUUAAUUUAGUAUUUAUUGUUAAUAUAGCAAUUGUACUGCUAAUUAAUGCUAUCUUACCAAGCAAUCAUUAAGUUAUUAUAACUAUUAAAACAGAUGAAUCAUUGGAUUUACAAACAAACUUUUUUUUCAAAUAUAUUAAGGAUAUUGGUAGCUUAUAAUUUUUAGUUGGCAAGAUUUUCAUUAGGCAUCAGAUAUUAAAUAUAUAAUUUUGAUGUGACAAAAAGUUAGGUUGGGUAUAAGGAAGCAAGAAAAUAAUUUUAAGAAAAUAAGAUUGGUAUUACGAGAUAUUUUGCAUAUGUUUAGAUGGAUAGUUACGCUGUGUUGUAACAGAAUGUAAGAAGCAAGAUCAAAGGGAAGCUAUAUUUACUGUGCUGUGCACCAUACUGUUCACAAUUUCCGACAAUGUUUUAAUCAUGCUCUUUACCACUAACCAAUAUUAUUAGUAAACUAUAUUCACUGGUCCUAUUGUACUCAUAUAUAAGUUAUUGUUGGAAAAUAACAAAAUAAAGGGAGACCACUAAAAUACUCAUAAGUGCAUAAGAUACCACACGGCCUUAGCAGGUUGGAAGAGGAGUGAUCAGAUAUGCUAAUAGGUUUUUUAUAUAUUUGCACCUGUGGGACCAGUGAAGAUACAUAUCUAUAAGCACUUCACAUUGUUGUUUCAAUGUUGUUACAUAAAUGUAGACUACAAACUUUGCAUCUCGAAACAUCAAAGUGAAGUGCCAAUAUCUAUUGGCUAGAGGUACAGURCUAUAAAGAGUGCAAUAGUCCCCUUUACAGUUCCCUGCGCCAUCUUAAAAGUUAACUGUGCCUUUGCAUCGAAGCGAGACAAACAAUGAGUUUGCAAUUAUAGAGAYCAUUUUUAACACCUUGGACUAUUAUUCACAUUUCUCUGUCAUUGCAAUCUCACCAUUCGUCUCGCUUCAAUGCAAAUGCUCGGCUACCUUUCAAGAUAGUGCAGGGAACUAGGGGGACUAUUAAAACUUAUCAAAAAGUCUCUAAAUGGUGUCAAAAAGAAAUAAUUUUUUUUUGGAAGUUUUCACAGUAUGGCACAUAGCGCAAAGUAAUUAUUUAUUUGAUAAUUUAAUUUAAUAUGGUGAUGUGAAAGAGAAAUUUAUUUAUGAAAACAAGAGCAAA